UUGCCAGCUGUUGAUAAACAUUGAAGCAAUCAGUUUUUAUUUGUUCUAUUUUGAUAAUUAUUUAAGAAAAUUGCAUUUAUUUUAUAUAAAAAACAUGACCUCAACAGAUUUAAAAAUAAUUUUAGAAUUUAGUGCCGGUGCCGAGUUACUUUUUGGCAACAUUAAAAGACGUGAAAUUUCUUUGCCGGCAACAGAAAAAUGGACUAUUAAAAAUCUCUUAAAAUGGAUGCAUGCCAACAUUCUCACCGAAAGACCAGAAUUAUUUAUACAGGGCGAUACAGUGCGACCUGGAAUUCUGGUGUUGGUCAACGACACAGAUUGGGAAUUAUUGGGUGAACUGGACUAUGAAUUACAACAAAAGGAUAAUGUUUUAUUUAUUUCAACUUUACAUGGUGGAUAAGAAUAGUGACAAAUUACCUUUAUCGACUUCAAAACAAUAAAUUUAAAUAUAUAAAAUGAUCAUCCAAUAAAAAUAUAAUUUAUAGUUUAGCUAUUUAUUAAAAACUAUUUCGAACUCA